AUUUUAAUAAAAAUAAUUAUAAUACUAUGAUAUUUCGGUGCGCCGUCAUCGCGUAAAUACCCAAGUUGCGACGCAUUAUAUAAGUAUAUUACUUAUAUUACAAAUAAUAUAAUAUUACUAUUAUUAUUAUUAUUAUUAUUCUCGAUUCGUUAUCGGUUCAAUCCACUUCGCGUCGCAUUUCUCGUGUCGUAUCGGCUCGCGUCGACUCUGUCCGUCUCGAUCGACAAAUAUUAAAACAAAUUCGUCAGCUCUACGGCGGUUUCCGGUACUACUUCUGUCACUGUUGUUGUUGCUGUUGCUCGCAUUGUGUAUUUGUGUGUUAGUCGGCGUCCCGUUGGAGUUUGAUCCGUUUCUUCACUGCUACACUGGUGCCCGGCCGUCGUUUCGCUGCCAACAAUUAUUUUGUUCGGAUUUCCCGUAAAAUGGCUACGGUUAGCUUGGAUUCCAUUUUACCAUGGCCGGAAUACUUUAGACAGGUCUUGAACAGCACGAGUAAACCAGCAUUUUUGAAACCUAUUGAUGGCCCAAAACCAGAAUUUAACAAAGAAUUAAAUGAAAAAGUAUCUUUGUAUCAAGGCGACCUAACAAAAUUAGGAAUAGAUGUUAUUGUCAAUGCAGCCAAUUCUAAAUUAGCUGGUGGGGGAGGAGUUGACGGCGCUAUUCAUAAAGCUGCUGGUCGAGAACUUCAGGCGGAAUGUGCUACAUUAAAUGGUUGUAGAACAGGUUGUGCUAAAAUCACUAAAGGUUACAAACUCCCUGCAAAGUAUGUUAUUCAUACAGUUGGGCCAAAAGGAGAAAAUGCUGAAGAACUGCAAUCAGCUUAUCAAAACAGUUUGGAUUUAGCCGUUGAAAAGAAGUUAAGAACAAUUGCAUUUCCGUGUAUUUCUACUGGUGUUUAUGGGUAUCCACAAGAAGAAGCAUCCAUUGUUGCCUUGAAAGCUAUAAGAGACUUUUUAGAACAUGAUCAUAACUUGAUUGAACGCAUAAUAUUCUGUGUAUUCCUUGAUUCUGACAAGGAAUACUAUGAGAAGUAUCUACCAUUAUUUUUCCCUCUUGAGUAAGAUUUAUCUCAUGUAUUGUAAAAUAUUCCAACUUUUUUUUACAGCAUUAAAAUUAAUCAUUUAUACAUUGUUUUAAUGU